AGACUUAUCAGCGUGAAACGAUUCUGGAAAUACACAUUUGAAGAAAAAAUUGAGCUGAAGGUGUCAGGUCGACCGCUGCCGGACAUAUUUAUAGAAACACAUGGCUUUAGUCGGGGCAAGGGCUAUACUGCAUUUCAGCAGCGAGAUUUACCACAGACAUGACUGGAUUUGUGGGUGCAACAUUAAGAAUGCCCUUUUCUGGUUUUCUUGCAUACUUUUCGGGGGUGACAAAGCUUGGACGGAGGUAGGUGUUACAGAUCUAGUGCACCUGAGUGAAAAAAUUAAGAAGCAUGCAGACGAAACAUCGGACAUUUCGGGGAAAACAAAACUGGUAACAAUUUUCAGAUACGUAUUUAACGGCGAACCACCAGAACGUUUUUGGAAUUAUAUCAGUCCCGAAAAAUGUGACGCUGAUAAUCUCACAAGUAAUAUUUUGAGCGUUGAAGAUCCAUUAAUAGGGAAUUUCCCUAACAAUCUGCUUCCGCAAAUGCUCAAGUUCGGGUGUUAUUUGGGGAUUUGAAAGAUAUUCCGGGAUUUUUUAAUAAUUCUCAUCACCGCGUAGAGGUACUGAACAGAAUUGUGGGGAAAAAAUUCCACAAGGAGCAACAACUCGUAAUUUUAAUAUUCCAACAAUAAAUAUAGUGUUUGAGAACAGAAAAUCACUCAUUGAAUGGAAGAAGUAGGA